AUGAGGUUUCUGCUGAUCGCCCUCUUCUUCCCGGCCACAGCCUUGGGUCUUUUCUUUAAUUUGGGUGGUGGCGGUGGAGGUUGUGGAUGUUGUCCUCAGCCAGCUUGCACACCAGCAGGUAUAUCAAAACUUUAUUGUAUCAAAGCGAUUGUUUUAAAUCAAAUUGAUACUUUUUGCUUGUAUUUCUAAAUUCAGUAUAUACUAUACAAUGAUACAAUCACUCAUAAUUUUUGCCUACAGCUUCGUGUGGUGGCUGCGGUGGCUCGAGUUAUGGUGCUGCCAGUUACGGAGGGUCCAGUUACGGUUCUUCAUACUCAGCUCCCGCUUCUUAUUCCGCUCCAGCCUCUUAUGUUGGACCUGCUCCCGCUCCUUCAUCGUAUGUCCAACAACCAGUUGGCCGAUAUUCUUCUGGUCCUAUUGGGUACUCUCAGCCUGUUUCGUAUCAGGCGGCUCCAGCCGGAGGUUACCAAGCAGCUCCAGCGGUUAGCUACCAACCAGCUCCUGUGGCUAGUUAUCAAUCCAGCAGUUAUCAAGCCCCGGCUCCAGUCAGGUCUUCCUACCAAGCUCCGGCCGUUGGAGGAUCGUAUUCUGCUCCUCAAGCUGGAUACAAUGCCGGAAACAAUGAACCUCCACAGUACUCUCCUGUAAGCGCUCAAGUCCUUCCAGCUUCCAUCCCACAAGAAUAUGGCAGUGUAGCCGCUGCUGCCGCUUCUGGAGGUCGAUUGGAGGAGGUUGCAGAGGUAAGCAGAGUUCGUAUGACUUCUUAGAGUACUUGCGAAUGAAUUCAAUAUAAUUUUCCUUUCAAGGAGGAAGACUCAACCAUCGAAUCCAAGCAGAACACUACCCUUAGUAUCGCCCCAGAACCCAAUGCUCCAAUUGACAUCUCGCAAUUGACCUUGACUAAUGACACUGAGUGCAACAACGAAGAUCUCCGUCAGAUCGUCAAGAGCAACAUGAGCGAUGACCUCAACUCCUCCAAAAGGCUUAUCCAAUUGGCUGCUGAGUCCAAGUUCGGCGGUCGAUUUGAUGUGAUCUGUUCAGCAAGUGACUUCAGUUAUGUCACGAAUACAGAAUUAUUCUGCCAAGAGACACAGGAAAAGGUCUCCUGCUAUGCCUACAGACAGUUAUAA